UUGCCCCGCCGCACUCAACAACAGUCGUCGCCGAACAUUCUGUGAGCACGCAAACACAAAUUUUGGAGCUUGCUCGCAGUUCAAAAUCAUUUCCAAAUACUCUCUACGUCAUAACUAUUACAAAGGAAUGAAGAGGUGCUACUGCGGACACAGCGGCGGCAGCUUUGCUGGCAGUGGCAGCAUAUUGAAAUCAACGAGCCACAUCAGCAGACGACUGCAGCCAGAGCCACCGGAGCAGCCACGACCACGCAGUGAUCUGCUUUCGCUGACAUCAUCAUCCCGACAAAGCGUGCAGCCGACGCAGUUUGUCAAACGGCCACUUCUCAGGAGCAACAAUCAAUCGGGGCAGAAUCUGGGAUUAGGUCACUCUAGCACGCAGUUGAAUGGUCAGUUUAGCAGACGCAACUCGGCAACAACUACGGUGAGCCAUUGCUCCAGCUGCUGCAGCUCCGCUGGCUACGCCCCACAGCUGCGCGAAAGUCGUGUCAAGGUGCUCAGCUGGGCCAGCGGGGAGCAGGCAAGUGGCAGCUCUCAUAGCAACACCAACAACAACACCCACUGCGAGCACACGGACAAUCGUCGGGUCUAUGAACAACGCGCCUGCGCCGCCAGUCGUCUGACAGCUGAAGGUCAGGGUCAGGUUCAUGUUGCAAGUAGCUGCAACUCUUCGUCAACGUCGACGUCGACGUCAUCGCCUUUGCCCCCAAGUUGCGACAACGAGUUGCAGCGCCUGCUCGCCUUGCAACAGUUUCGUUUGCUCAAUGCCAGCGAUUGCUUCAGCAGCCAGCGACAGGAUGAGUUGCGUCUGCAGCGCGCCUAUGACAAACUGGGCGUGGCCAGUGGCGACAGCAAGUGGCACAAAAAUAGAGCCAACGAAUCGCGACAGCAGCCAUUGACAACAACCGCAACAACAACAUCUUAUGCGCUGCGACAGAAGUUGCUGCAGCUGCGAUUGCAACAGGAGGAGGCAGCGGGACGUGGCACGGGAGCAGCGUGUGCACCCUUGGAACGCAGCUGUGCACUUCGCUUCAAUUGCCAUUAGCUGUAGAUAUUGAAUACUUAAAAAUAGAUGAAUGAAUUGAAAAAUUGUUAGCUUAAUCGAUCAAUCAAUCAAGUGACAACUCAUUAUAUUAUCAUGAGUAUUGAUUCCCUAUGUAUCAUCAGU